AUGGAAGAGUUGGAGAACUGCCCAAGAGCCAAAAAAGCACAAAAUGUGCAAAAGGAACCGGCGCCAACCAAGUCAAGGGAUAAGGAAAAGAAAUUGGCCAAAACGCCGAAGCAAACCUCUGAGCAGCAGGCUAGUGGAACCAUUGUUAUCGACAUUGGGUUGGAAAAUCUGAAUCAAGAUGAUAACUCCACUAUUCCUAACCCUGAUUCUCCCAAGCUAGUGCAGUCUCAAAGCCCCUCUUAUUCUCCUGAUUCAAGCAAUCCCUCUGCUGAGGAUGUGUUUGAAGAGACUUAUGACUCAUCAGAAGAGGCAAAUGAAAACUCUGAAGCUAAGGAUUCCUCGGCAAAGGAAGACGAACAUGGCAGUGAGGAGGACUCUGCUAGCUUCUCUACAGCAGAAUCAAAGAGGAGUAAAAAACAGAAGCGUAAAGCUGAAUUGAAGAAACUUGCCGAGACCAGUUCAAAAGCGUUCUCUUCUUAA